UAUAAAUUCAUGAAAUUAACAAGCAUUAAGGCUCGCGACCUUAAAUACCUUUAUUAAAUUUUAAAUGCUUUUUCCAGAAGUUAGUAAAGACUGACCGUAAAUGGAAAAUUUCAAAUGUGUGUUUAGCAGUUUUCAUAAACUAAUUUUGCUUCAUUACCAUAUCGGUACCAAAACUGGAAGAUACAAGAUUUGAAGAAUUUAAAAAAACCUAUUGAAAAAGGUCCGAAAAUCCAGGCUUACAGCGACAACUAAAUCUGUUGACUUUGAUGGACAUAAAAAAAGAUGUGUAAAUUGAAAACACCUUUAAGCAAGACGGAAAAUGUAUCAGACUGAAAGUUGGAGAAUCAAUUUGCAAUAUUCAUGAUUUCUCAAACUUUAUUCGUAACACUAGAAGGAAAGAUACAGUGAGAUAGCUAGAGAAAUGCAUUUAUGUUAAUAAAGCUACAAUGAAAUAAUACUGCAAACAAUACAGAUCAAACAAUAAAAGUGGUAAAAGCUUGAAAAUACUGAUUAAGAAGUGUAUGAGUGUUGAUACUAUGGUGAAAUGACUUACAUAAUUCUAAUGUAGUUCUUUCAUUACGUUGAAGUUCAAGCAGUGGACGCAUAAUUCACAGUUUUCCACAUAUAAAAAAAGGUUUCAUUAUUACUUAGAUUUAAAUAACAAUUUUCCACUGUGAGUUUUAAUCAGAAUUUUCUUUGAACAGUCCCUUUAGCUGCACUGAUCUUUUGUAUUUCGCGCAUCUAUUUUUUAAACUCUCGUAUCAGCCGCAAGCUUUACAAACAUGACUAAAAAUUAUGAAAAGGCUGUUGAUAUUCUCAAAGAUUUUAUGCUUCCAAAUGAUAUGCUACUUAAAGUUUCUGCUCUUUUACUACAAGAAUUCAACAAAGGUUUGAGUUCUGCAUGUCGCAAUGGAUCAGUUGUUAAAAUGCUUCCUACAUUUGUUAGAGAUGUUCCAGAUGGUUCCGAAAGAGGAAAUCUUGCCCUUGAUUUGGGAGGAACUCGUUUUCGUGCUUUAUGCAUUGACUUGAAAGGGGACAAAUGUACUAUUAAGGCAACUAUAAACUAUGAAAUUCCUGAGUCGAUAAUGGUUGGCUCAGGUGAGGAACUAUUUGAUUAUAUUGCUGAUUGUCUGGGACGAUUCUUGGUUGCACUUGGUAACAUGCACAGGACUUUACCUCUUGGAUUCACAUUUAGUUUUCCUUGUACACAGAAAGGUUUAAAUAGUGCAUUUCUUGUUAACUGGACCAAAGGAUUUAAUUGCUCUGGCGUUGAAGGAAAAGAUGUAGCUCAAUUAUUGAGUCAGGCAGUUGAAAGAAAAGGAGGAAACGUAGAAGUUAUGGCUGUAAUCAAUGACACUACAGGUACUUUGCUGUGGUGUGCUCAUAAACAUCGAGACUGCCGAGUGGGACUGAUUGUUGGAACCGGAACAAACGCUUGUUAUAUGGAAAAUUUAGAUAAUGUUGAAACUUGGUCAGCUGAUAGGGAUGAACCUAACCAAGUCAUCAUUAACACCGAAUGGGGAGCCUUUGGUGAUAACGGAUGCUUAGAUUUUCUGAGAACUGAAAUUGAUCGCCAAAUUGAUGAAAAUUCAAUAAACAAAGGAAAGCAAUUGUUUGAGAAAAUGAUAUCGGGAAUGUAUAUGGGUGAAAUAGUUCGAAGAAUUGUUGUUAAACUUGCAAAUGAAGGCUUGAUGUUUAAAGGAAAUUUAUCAGAAAAGUUCAAAACUCCCAAUGCUUUUAAAGCUAAAUACGUUUCUCAUGUUGACAGAGAUCCAAAACAUAAACAUACAGGAGCAAAGAUUGUUCUAAACAAGAUGGGUUCUGAAGCAUCUGACGAAGAUUGUGAUAUUCUCAAGCUUGUGUGUGAAAGAGUAUCAGUCCGAGCAGCAAAUUUAGUUUCAGCUGGUAUAGCAACGAUAUUAAAUAAAAUGAAGCGGAAUCAAACUACAAUUGGAAUUGAUGGUUCUGUUUACCAGUAUCAUCCCCACUUUAGGGAACUAAUGAAUCGCAAAAUUGAGGAGUUAACAGAUCCUAAUUUUAAAUUUGAACUUGUAUCUGCUGAAGAUGGAAGUGGUUACGGAGCUGCAAUAGCAGCUGCUGUAGGCGUACGAUGCAAUCAAUAGAUAAUGCAUCGAGAGUAUAAUUAAAAACAUAAAAUGUAAUUUAUAGGAAACGUCUACACUGAAAGUAUCAGAUGUACUUCAUUAUGGAACGAAGAGCACAUUUAAGAGAUCAGUAUAUUAUGUUAUUGUUUUAAGAUAAGUAUUUUCUUUCAUAUCAUUCAUCUUUUUAAUAUAUUCUUUGUACCAUUUAUUAAAAAUUACUUGCUUCAUUAAGUA